AUGUUAACACAAUUGAAUCGAUCCGAACCUGCAUUACAUAUAAAUGAAAUCGAUGUUAAUGAUAAAUAUAAAUUUCUUAAACAAAUUGGUAAAGGUAGUUACGGUGAAGUAUGGUCAGUUUUGCCAUUACGUUAUUCAUUAUCAACAAAAUCAAAAACCAAAGAAUAUGUACUUAAACGAUUAGAUCUUCGACAACAAUCCAAUGAUACAACACAAAAUGAUAUUGAAGGUGCUGAACGUGAAGCAAAAUUAUUAUCAACAUUAAAACAUCCAAAUAUUGUUGCAUAUAUUGAAUCAUUUCGUUCAAAUGAUGGUUUUCUUAAUAUAGUUAUGGCUUAUUGUGAAGGUGGAGAUUUAUAUACAAAAUUAAAAGAACGAAAAGCUAGUCAACAACCAUUAACUGAAAAUCAAAUUAUUGAAUGGUUUGUACAAAUAUGUAUGGCUAUACAAUAUAUGCAUGAUAAAAGUAUUCUUCAUCGAGAUUUAAAAACUCAAAAUGUUUUUUUAACAAAAAAUGAAAUUGUUAAAGUUGGAGAUUUAGGUAUUGCAAGAGUAUUAGAUUCAGGAAAUGAUUUAGCAACAACAAUUAUUGGAACACCAUAUUAUAUGAGUCCAGAAAUAUUUUCAAAUAAACCAUAUGGACAAAAAUCGGAUAUAUGGGCACUUGGUUGUUGUGUUUUUGAAAUGACAACACUUGAACAUGCAUUUAAUGCAAAAGAUAUGAAUUCAUUAGUAUUGAAAAUAAUUCGUGGACAAAUUCCACAAACAUCAAAAAAAUAUAGUGAUUCAUUAACAGCUAUUAUUAAAUCUAUGCUUAGUAAAAAUCCUAAUGAUCGUCCAACAGCGAAAAAAAUCUUACAAAAUCCAUAUAUUAAACGACAUAUUAUGCAGUUAUUAGAAAAAACAAAAGUCAAAUGUCAAAAUCAAGUUAAUACAAAUUCUCAAGUAUCAGUUGAUACUUCCUCCGAACAAUCAGUACUUUCAUCUUCUCCACCUCGUUCAUCAUCAUUAUCAUCAAAUGAUGCUAAACUACCUCAUUCAUCAGCUAAUUCUCCGUCAUCAAAACAAUCUCAAGUCAAUCGUUUUCCAGUCAAUAAUACUCCUGCACUUCCUUCUUAUCCACCACUACCGCCAUCGCAUAGUCGCGUAACAAAUAAUAUUACAACAUCGUCAUCAGGUUCAUCUUCGUCGGCUGAUGCUAGUCGAUCUUUACCGUCUGCUGAUAUCAAUCAAUCUAAUGAUGCACGUGCUCGUCGUCGUCUUCGUGUACGUCAAUCUAAUCCAUUAUCAAUAAAUGAUCAACAAGAUGCGAAUUAUUUAUAUAAAGUUAGUCAAAAUGAUACAUUACAACGUCGAAAACGUGAUCAACAAAUAAAUAAUCAUUUAAAACAAUAUCAACAAAUAUCAUCUGAUGAUGAACAUGAAUUAUUAUCAAAUGCUCAUCCUUCUCAACCAGUUGUUGUUGUUGUUCAACCGAAACGAUUAGUAAGACCAAAUUCAUCUGCAUCAUCGGUUGAAUCAAAUUAUAGUAAAUUAUCAUUUGAUGAUGAUGUUUAUUUAAAUGAACGUGAAACAAAUAUAAAUUCACAACAGCAAUCAGAAUCAAAAAUAACAAUACCAUAUGAUUCGAAUAAUAAUCUUCCAAAUUCAAAAGCACGUCAACGUCGUCGUGAGAAUCGAAAUCAAUCAUCUAUUGAGUCAUCAAAUCAAGUAAUAACAAACAAUAGUAAUCAUGAAUUAUCACAUUCAACAUCACAAGAUUCAAUCUCAACUGAUAUUGAAAAGAAAAAAGAAGGAGAAAAAGAUAUGAAUGAUCUACUUUUUAUGUUAACAGCUACAUUAAGAUUAGCACCGCCAACAGUAACUAAUGUUCAAGAUUCUGAUCUUGAUCCAAAAGAAUUAACAAAUAGUAGUAAUGAUAGUGAUAAAACAGUUGUUGAUAAUGGUUAUAAUCAUUCACCAACGGAAGAGCAAAUACCAGAACCAUGGUCAUUAGAUGAUAGGACAAUGGAAAUUCCAUUACAUCAAACAAAUCGAUUUUCUAGACGUUGUGAAAUAUUGAAAGAGGAUUGUCUUCGCGAAAUUAGUCCAGAAAAAUUACAACGUGUUCUAAAUAUAGUAGAAGAUGUUAGUCAAGCACACAUGACACAUCAAAUGAUGAGUGAACUUGGCGAAUAUUUAUAUCACAAAUAUGCUCCACAAAUAUAUUUACUAAAAUUCUAUGAAGACAAUGUACGUACUCAUACAUAA